AUGGAGGCCAGAAGCCAGCACCAGCAAGGGCUGACGAAUGCAGUGAUAUCUGCGCUCGCUGUGCCUGAGCAGAGUACAACUGUUUCGAAGCAAUAUUCCAACGAGCGCAAUGUUGCGACUGAGGUGCAGGCGUAUGCCAAGAUUUCAGGACGGGACUGGACUUAUUAUGUGAAGAACUUAGAGGUGUCGAUCGGCAGGAACACUGAUCCGAGCAGCAAAGAUGGGGAGCGAGACUCCGGCAUCGAUAUUGAUUUGGGUCCCGCGAAAGUGGUGUCUAGAAGACAUGCUACUAUAAAGUUCAACAUGGAAUACGGUGGCUGGGAGCUGAAGAUACUGGGACGGAACGGUGGUAAAGUCAAUUUCCAUAGAGUCGAGGCAGGCGCCAAUGCCCCUAGUAUAAAACUUUCAUCGGGAACGAUACUAGAUAUUGGCGGUACACAGAUGAUAUUUAUACUGCCUGAUCAAGAGCCUUUUAUACCACAGGAGUGUCUUGAAAACCUGAUGCCCACUUUGGUGAGUAUAUACGGUGUCGAUGGAUCCAAUAUUGCCAAUGAUAACCCGCUACUGCGAGAAGUUAUCCGUGAAUCAAACUACGUGAAAACUCACAGAGAGCUAUCCAGGCAACCACCUGGAAUUAACCAGCAGGUCAGAACUUUUAAGAUGUACGGCAGUGGAUCGUCUUUUCAUCUUGGUGAUAGUACUCCAAACUUUUAUGGAACUGCCGCAACACCAAUACCUGGUAUGGCUACUUCCGGUAUCGCGGCCAAUAACAAACAACCUAACAGUUCCUAUCAAAAUGUAAAUAAUGCUGGGCCUAAUGGAGCAGGAAUAGGCCAAAACAUGAAUACGAUCAGCGAUUUCCCACAAUCACUAGAUUUUGCAUCCGACUUGUCAAGAGAUGAGAACAGAAAUAUCAAACCACCAUAUUCUUAUGCGACGAUGAUUACUCAAGCCAUAUUAUCCACCGGAGAAGGUGUUAUUUCACUUGCAGAUAUUUAUAAGUACAUCUCAUCCAAUUAUUCCUAUUAUAGAUACGCAAAAACUGGUUGGCAAAACUCUAUCAGACACAAUCUUUCUUUGAAUAAAGCCUUUGAAAAAGUACCAAGAAGGCCAAAUGAACCAGGUAAAGGUAUGAAAUGGAGAAUUAGUAAGGAUUACCAAGAAGAGUUCCUACAAAAGUGGAAUAGUGGCAAUGGUAAUAAAAUAAGACGGGGCUCAUCAGUUUCAAGACAACUACAGCUACAUAUGUCUAAAUUUAAUAGACUACCUACACAGAAUGAUUACAGCAAUGAUGUUGCUUCUGAGGACAAAAAAGUUACCAAAAAGCACUCAAAAAAGUCAAGUACUAGCAGUGGUGGCACUAUGAGUACUGUCAAUAGCGGACAGAAUUCUCUAAGCUCUAUUGAAAGUCAUCCAGACGUCAACUUUGACAAAUACGGUAUAAUGGGUAGCUCUAGGAAUAGCAUGCAGUUACUGCCCCCUACUCUACCGGAACAGCCAACAAAUACAAUGCAACCACCAAUUAGGGAAACUCUCGAACCAAUUACAAGCUACAGUGUUGCUAGGAAAAACCCAACAAAUAAUGCGCUUGUAUCCUUUACUAAUGCAUCCUCGUCUUACUUGAAGCCAACUACAUCAAGCAAUUCCGCACCUAGUUUACCUAGCAUUUCCACCAAAGGAAUACAGAAUCUACCAUUACCAACUACUGCUGGAUCAGCCUCUAAUUUAUUACAACAAAAUCCUCACCUGUCACCAUCAUACGAUUCACUGUUGAGGUCACCAACUAAGUCCUUUCAUGUAACUGCAAUGGAGGCGUACACUCCAGAGAGAGGUAGCGCACAAACCAAUUUUUCUCCAAGUAAUAGUCGUGGUGAGAAUAAUCCAACAGGAGUAGGCCUCCCCAGUGUAUCACUUCCUAAUGGCCACACUUUCAGCGAUGAUAUGAGGAAAACAGAGUUGAUGCCAAGCAUCCAAGAUCCGAACCCAGGAGGUUUGAGAAGUACAAACAUGAGCGAUAGGCUGACUCCCGCCAAUUUUGGAAGUGCUAAAUCCUCCCAAUAUAGAAACUCACCUGGCGGAUGGAACUCAUUGUUAUUUAGUUCCGUGAAUAACACACCGAAGUUCUCAUUAGACUCAGAUACCAAGAAUGGCAACCAAACCCCAAAAGAUCUAAAUGGCUCUGCUAGCGUCAAAUCUAGCAUCAGCGAAGGUAGACCUGACGUAGGAAACCCAAGUGCUACAACAUCGAAUGGAAAUGACUUGACUGUCAGUGUUCCGGACUUAGACUCCAAGGACAUCAACUCUUCGCCAUUAAAAAGACACUUAGAGAACAGAAGAGACACAGAAGGUAAUAUCCCAGAAGACCCAUCGAGGAAAACCGACAGAAAUAUGCUGUUGGAUACUGACAGCGCCAAGAUUACAAUCGUGAAAUGA